UCCUUCGGGUUUAGUUCAGUCACCACCUACAGAGAAGUCGAGUUAACGGACUCUAAGCUCUUCUAUCUAAACCUAUGGCCAAAACAGCCGCCUUUCUUUCUUAUAUCGUUGUGCCCAUUACUCUUUAAAAAUUCCGCCGAAAAAGAGAAGACGGUUUUCCAAAAUAUUCUGGCCGUUAUCUCACGGCUCCCCUGUCUCUGCACAGGUGUAUGAGCGCUACCCAGAAGGCCUAGGGGCGGCCCUUUACCGGGAGCAGUUCGACUUCAACGCUGAGCCACCUUGGGAUCCUAGCUGAUAGCGGGACAGGUCCAUCUCCUGACUUGUCCAUUUUGUUGCAUACCGGCAGGACCCAUUGGCUCAGUCGUGACCUCUUGAUUUACUUAUCUAUUCUUUAUGAUUGUCGACUCUGCGGACUACGGUUGAGAUGAAAGGAUUUGCUGACAACCCCGCAUAUAUCAUUGAAUUCCUAGAGGAAGGAGUGACCCUUGAUGAUGUUAUUGAUGGACAUAUCUGUGAACAAGUUCUGGCAGAGAAAAGUGCAUUUAUGGUGGGUGAUCUGGGUGCCUUGAUGCAGCAGCAUGCUCUCUGGCAGAGCGUGGCACCGCAUCUGCAGCCAUACUACCCUGUUAAGUGCAACAGCAGCCCUGCAGUCAUUGAAGUCCUGGCUUCUUUGAAUGUCGGCUUCGUAUGUGCCAAUAAGGCUGAAGUCAUCCUAGUGAUGGCGCAUGGUGUGUCACCAGACAAUAUCAUUCUGUCAGGAGUUUGCAAGCAGCUGGCGCACAUCAAGCAUGCUGCUAAGAACAACAUCCAGCACCUUGUGUGUGACAGUGAGGCCGAGUUGUGCAAAGUCUCUCGUCUGCACCCUAAUGCAAAGUUGCUGCUGCAGUUGACUACUAACAGUCAUGCAGCUGAGACUAGCAUGUCUUUUGGCUCGCCUCUGAAGGGCUGUCGGCACUUGCUGGAGGCAGCAAAAGAGAUGGGGAUUGAAGUGGUGGGAGUGACCUUCCACAUUCCGAGCUCCUGCCAAGACCUUCAGCAGGCCUACAGCCAUGCACUGUCAGAUGCACGUUGUGUAUUUGACAUGGGGGCAGAGCUGGGUUUUAACAUGAACAUCCUGGACAUAGGUGGUGGAUUCACUGGUUCAGAGUUUCAGCUCAGACAGGUUGAGUCGGCAAUCAGGCCACUGUUGGAUAACUACUUCCCACUACUAUCUGGUGUGCACGUGCUGGCACAGCCUGGUGGCUUCUAUGUGACCUCUGCUUUUAGCUUAGCUGUGAAUGUGAUUGGCAAGAAGGCACUACCCCGCCACUGGGACAGCAAAGUCCAAGGUGAACUGGGUAUCAAAGGUGAUGCAGAGUUUCUGUAUUACAUGAAAGAAGGUGUGUAUGGUCCAUUCAGCCGCAAGUUACUGGGAAAUGCCAUUGGAGCUCCAUCAGUGCACAAGCAUGCCCUGUGUGCUGAGGGGGAAGUGUAUCCCAGCAGCCUGUGGGGCCCGUCACUGGAUCAGCUAGACCAGGUGGUGGAGCACUGCCUGCUGCCAGAGCUCAGCGUGGGAGACUGGCUUCUCUUCUCCAACAUGGGUGCCUGUGACCCUGAAGACUGCUCUUCACAACUGCCCAUCUACUACACCAUCUCCAUCUCAGACUGGUGGGUACGACAUGCAGGAGGCCGGUGUGGCCCUGGAUAGUGCAGAGAAGAAUUUCACCAUGGUUCACUGCAUUGAGUAACUAUCCUCUGGCCCCUCUCCCGUAUUGCAUUGCACAGAUCCUCCUUAAGGCCUACGUAAACUACAACACUGCACACAGACGUGCACAAACAGCUGUGUCCACCUCCAUAGUUACACAUCACCAUUGUGGGCAGGUACAUAAAAUACCUAGAAAGUGCACAUUCGAAGAUGCCUGUAGUGUACACAGUUUUCUGCCUGCUAGCAUAGCUUAGCAUCUUAUCUCUGCUAAGAAGAUGUGUAUAAAAAGAAAACACUUGGCUGUUCACUCCAGCUGUAAAUUAAAACAAUCAGCGUCUUACUCUGUGCUGUACAACAGCACGAGGUUGUGACUGCAGAGGGUUGCACAUCUUUUUGUCAAUAAGCCCUGGCAACUGACUACCCAUAAUUCUUGUCCCUACAUCAACUAGAAGUGACACUGACGUGCAGCAGUGCUGUAGUUUACAGCAGCCUUAAGCCUCAGCUUUCCCCGUCAGAAGAAGGAUGAAUGUUAUUCGGGACAAGGGGCUAAAUGUGGUCUACAUUCCAGCCUCCUUGAAAUGCAGUGUCCUGUACAUUUAGUGGAAUUUGGUCGACUUUCCUCUCUGGAUUCCCAAAAUCUGUCAGCUAAAAGAAUUAACGCCCAAAAUGACAUUAUGCAACAAAAUGGACGACUCUAUGGAGAUUGGACCCCUGCUGUCUUUGGGGUCGCUUGUUUCCUGAAAUUAAAUUCAGUUUACAAAAUGUACAAUUGAUUUAAUCCUGUUCUGUAUUGAUAACAUAACACUUGUGUAAAUCCUGUGUCUGUUAAAUGCAUUUUGUCUGUAGAUGGUUUGUGAAGUAUUUGUAAGAAUCGGUGCCCUGUGCAGAUUCUACUCUUCGGACAGCUCACUUUGCAUAAUUUAAAUGAAAUUAGUACAGUGACCUACCCUUCUUGCAGUUCUUCUCAUGACAUUUUUAUUUAUUUGAUUCAAAGAUUAGUGGGGCCAUAUUGACAGCUCCAUCUUUAAGUGUAUUAUGCUGUGGUCAUCCAACAGUGUUGUCCUGUUAAGACAUUACUUUUUAAUGCAACAUGCACAAAGCAUGCUGUGAUUGCCAUUUGUGACCUUGGUGGCUUCCUAUUAUUUGAAAGGCAUGAAGGAAUUGCUGUGAGAGACUUUCUCUACCAUUCGAAUACAUUGUAACCACGCACGUACUAAGAAAUAAUUUCCUGUAUAAAAUAGGUAAUAAUAUGGUUAUAAGAUUUUGCAGAUUAAACACUACAGGCAAGAUCUUUUAUCUCCUGUUGUACAUCCCUGGAAAUUCUUUGGUGCUGGUUUUCAUUGGACUAUUCUAAAGAUGUUCUGAAAACCU